UGUAACCUCCACUCAUCCACCCCACCGCAAACGUAACAUUUUUAAAAUUGGGAAACUUAUAGAAUGUUGAAAAUAGUUGUAAAAUCGGUCUGUGUGCGCUGCAGUGUCCAAGAUCAGACGUCGCUUUGUCAAAGAGAGACGACAGAACAUCACGACGUUUAAAUUUCGUUUCAUGAAAACCUUUCAAUAAACUACAAAAUGGCGUCGGCCUCACCAAGUCGAUCAGCGCUUGCCCAGCGAAUGCUGAGUCCACGUAUGCAGAGGGGUGUGAUCCGUGUGCAGGACACACAAUUGUGUGCGUUGGCCGAACGAGCACACGCCGACAGGAGUGUGGCCGGCUAUCUGCACAAGCGACGGGCUGACACCAAUAAAUGGCAGCAAAGGUGGUUCCUGCUCUACCAGAAUCUGCUUUUCUACUAUGAAUCGGAAUCGGCCAGUCGACCUUCCGGGGUUGUGCUACUGGAAGGUAGCUACUGCGAGAGGCUGAUAGGUGGCAGUGGGAGUUCCAAGACUAGAGACUCGCUUGACAAGCAGUACUGUUUUUCAAUUUCGUAUCGGAGGGAGAGCCAACGACAGUACGAAUUGCGAGCUGACACCGAACAAGAUUGCAAGAUGUGGAUAGAUGCCGUCAGAGAUGCAAGUUACAACAAGCUGUUACUGCAGAGGGAAGAACUGGAGCAGAAGCAUUUGCAUCUACUUCAAAUCUUGGAGAGUGAAAAGACGGCCAAAUGGCAAUACAUCCAGCAAUGCGAGGAACUGUCAGCAGAAAUCAAGAAGUUGAGAGCCGAGUUACACUCGUUCAAAAAAGAGUGGCGCCCAUCAGCAAGUAGCCGACGCCCCACUUUGAUCAGCGAUCUGAUAGGGGCGACGCCACAGAAGGCGGACACAGAUGACGACAAAGGAGGCGAAGCUGACGAUGAGAUUGAGUCACUCGAGCUGCACAAAAUAAAAAAGGUUCAGUCGUUUUUCAGAGGAUGGUUGUGCAGACGUAGGUGGAAGCAGAUUGUUGAACAAUAUAUAAAAAGUCCUCAUGCAGAGAGUAUGCGGAAAAGAAACAGCCUGGUGUUCCGCAUGGUGGAAUCGGAGGAGGAGUAUAUGGAACAGAUGGAGGUGCUGGUGUCCUGUUACCUGCGUCCAUUCAAAAUGGCGGCCAGCUCCAAGAAGCCACCCUGCUCGCACGAGGAUGUCAACUCGAUAUUCCUCAACAGCGAAACUGUCCUCUUCCUGCAUCAAAUCUUCCUCAAGGGUCUCACGUCCCGCAUGGAAAGCUGGCCUACUCUGGUGCUAGGUGACCUGUUUGACAUGCUUCUGCCUAUGCUGAGCAUCUACCAGGAGUAUGUCCGCAAUCAUCACUACAGCCUGCAGGUGUUGACUGAAUGCAAGCAGUCGCCUUCCUUUUCUGCGCUACUUGCUAGACUGGAAAACAAGCCUGCCUGUCAGGGCCGGUCACUUGAAACCCUCCUCACAUAUCCUAUGCAUCAGAUUCCUCGGUACAUCAUCACACUGCAUGAGCUGCUGGCCCACACCCCGCACGACCACGUGGAACGCAAGAGUCUGCAGAAUGCGCGCCAACAACUCGAAGACCUCAGUCGACAAAUGCACGAUGAGGUAAGCGAAACCGAAAAUCUUCGCAAGAAUCUGGCAGUCGAAAGAAUGAUCAUGGAAGGAUGUGACAUUCUACUGGACGUCAAUCAAGUUUUCGUAAGACAAGGUACUUUAAUACAAUUUUCGACCGAAAAGAAACGUAGUCGCCUAAGUAGCCUCAAAUCAGAGAAAGAGGUAGUUCGUCAAUGCUUUCUCUUUUCCAAUCACCUCAUCAUUGCAACAAGAACGUCAGCUGGACGACUGCACUUGGCGCAAGAUGUGGGCAAAAUCUCUCUGGCUGAUGCCAUGCUCAUCGAGGACCCCUCGGAGCCCUCUCCUGCUUGCAAUGAUGACGACGGUGAGGCAUCAAUGUGCUCAAUGUCGAGUCACUCGAGUGGGAUGAGUGAGGGCGCUGGUGCUGGUGGUGGCGGUGGUGGUGGGGGGAAGGGUGGCCGCGACUUCAAGGUCAUAGUGGAUGUGAACAAGGGCGGCGCGUCCGCGCAGGCGCAGAUGUGUGUCCACCUCAUGGCGCCUACCAUGCAGGAGAAAGCUGCCUGGAUUAGCGAUAUCAGCCAGUGCAUGGACAACGUGCAUUUCAAUGAUCUGUUGCACAAUUCGAUGUCAGAUACGUCCAGUGUGACAAUGCCGCAGUCGAUGAAGAACGACCCCAAACUGUUCAAGGACGACAUCGACAUCCGCUUCAGUCGCACUCUUAACUCAUGCAAGGUGCCGCAAAUCCGGUACGCGACGCCAGAGCGCCUGCUGGGCCGACUGACCGACCUACGCUUCCUGUCGAUCGAUUUCCUCAACACGUUUCUGCUCACCUACAGGGUCUUCACCGACGGCGUGACCGUGCUCGAGGCUCUCAAACAGGUCUUCUACCAGACCGCCGGAGGCCACGAGUCGCCAACCGCGCAUGGGCCUCCGACCACACCGCGUAGAGUCGCGCCAUCCUCCAUCAUUUCUCUGGAUGCAUAUUUGGAGCCAGAUGGCCAGCAAACGAGUCACCUGCAACUAUUUGACCACAGCAGACAUUCGCCCAGACGAACUAGCGCUGCCAGCUCCGUUUCUGGCUACGGCUCGGAGGCCAGUGACCGAAGACUCAGUAAUGAUUCCCAAAAAGCACAACAGCACUGGAGGAGCAGUUUCAGAAAGUAUGACGAAGAGCAACAACUGGCUUUGAUAAAGGAACGCGAAAGCAGUUGCCAACAGAUGCCAACCUGUAAGGAGUCAUCAUCUUCCUCAGCCUCCACCUCCGCCUCACCCCGUCGCAAGGUGAGCAUCCGCGUGGAACAGGUGGAGGUGUGUGGAGAAGAAGGGAAAGAAGAUGAUAAUGACGACGACGACGACGACGAUGAUGAUGAUGAUGAUGGCCAGCUGCUUGCCCCUCCUCCCAACUCGAUCGCUGGGUCUUCAAGCGCUGAUACGCUCACCGAUGUGACGGUGAUAAGCGCGCCGUCAUCACCCAGCAACGUGAGUUCGGUGACCCUGGUGGGAUCCGGCUCUGGGUCGGACCGAAGUCCGGGGCAAGAAGUGGGUUCCCGAGAGAGUGGCGACGGGGCAGACCACGCACCAGCACCCCCCAGCCGCCCCGCUAGGAUCGUGCCAGGGGCUGCCAAGGCGGUCUCAACGCCCCCCGCGGUCCCCCCUAGGCAUCUACCCCCUCAAACUGCGGCUGCUCAGCCUUCUACUAGUAGUCCGCAUCAUUUGGAAAGACGAUGGUCGGAUAAGCCCACCCUUAGCGUAUUCCGGAAGAAGUCUGAGAUCAGCCUGGGGGGUUGUAGUGUGAUGACUGAAGGAGGGGAGGAACCCCACCACCCCCCUACCUCCUUCCGAUCGGCCUCCGUUGUAAUGCAGAACUACCUUACUCGCCGUUCGUUCGCGGGUGGAGACGGUGAGUGCUCGGGCGGAGGGAGUGUGUCACAGCGCACCAGCUUCCAACACGAGUCGCCACAGCACUCCAGCAAGGCCGGUGUUGUCAUCACCUCCUUCAGACAGUCGCAACGCAGUACUGGAUUAGAUUCAUUAUGGAGCAGUACAUCCACAGCAGCGGCAGCGUUUGCCAUAGCGACGUCAGCGUCGAGCAAUCCGCGAGACUGCUGUAUGGGCGCCGCGCCGCCACCAAGCACGAACGACAGACUGGCGCGCAUGCGCAGAAAGGAGAGUGUCAUGUCGACGGCUGCCACUAUGCGAGUGCUCAACGUACUCAAGCACUGGAUAUCCAAACACGGACAGGACUUUGAGCUGAACAGCCAGUUGAGGAUGCUGACGAUUGAGUUUCUGGAAGACAUCGUGUACAGUCCGAAUCUGCUGCCAGCCGAGCAUAAGGCAGCCUCCCAGCUGCUCAGAAUGCUCUCAAAAGAGGAACCUGAUAAUCACCACGUUGACCUGGCAACGCUAUUGGCUCCACCUCAGGCACCAAGAAAUGAUAACAUUGAAACGUUGUCUGCCUUGGAAAUAGCUGAACAGAUGACUUAUCUGGAUCACAAGAUCUUCAUUUCGAUAUCAUGCGAAGAGUUCUUGGGUCAAGCUUGGAUGAAAUCUGAUAGGGCAACUAGAGCUCCUCAUAUCACUAUGAUGACCAAGCGGUUCAAUGAGAUAUCUCAGCUGGUGGUGUCGGAGAUAGUGGGUCGCCCGAGCCUGACGGCGCGUGUCAGUGUGAUUGAGAAGUGGGCGGCCGUCGCGGACAUUGCGCGCUGCAUGCACAACUUCAACGGUGUGCUCCAGAUAAUCGCUGCCUUCACCAACAGCAGUGUAUUCCGCCUCAAAAAGACCUGGGAGAAGGUUUCCAAAACGACGCGGCAGACAAUCGAGAAGCUACAGGUGAUUGUUUCGACAGACGGCCGCUUCCGCAACCUGAGAGAGGCGCUGCAUCGCUGCGACCCGCCCUGCAUCCCCUACCUGGGCAUGUACCUCACCGACCUCUCCUUCAUCGAGGAGGGCACGCCCAACUUCACCGAGGACGGCCUACUCAACUUCUCCAAAAUGCGAAUGAUAGCACACGUGAUCCGCGAAAUCCGCCACUUCCAGCAGACGCCCUACAAGAUAGUGCUGAUCUCAAAGGUGAGGGACUACCUGCUUGACUCGAGUCUGUUGAUGGAUGAUGACUACCUCUACAAGGUGUCACUGCACAUCGAGCCGCGCACCUCACGCCUUAGCCAAGCACAGUUGCCCAACCUGCCUGCAAACCCUUCUCCUUCCGCCUCACCCACCGGCGGACAGACUUCCUAACCGUCGCUGGUACACACGUCUGCUGUGCCAAGCCAGGCGACCAUCCACCAGUAGAGAGCGACUCAACACCUCCCAACGCCAUUCCCGGCGAUCAUUGGCCUGUAGAGAGCGAUUCAGCAACUUCCUAGGCCAUUUCCGGCAUAGAGAGCGACUGAGAACCUUGUGAGAUCUUCUCUCACGUGGACGCCACAGCCCUUCAACUUGCUCUUGUUGUCAUCGAUGACAACGGGCUCUAUUAACCUAUUCGUCUAUUUACCUAAUCAGUCAGUGGAAAUAUCAGAAGCUAAAUGUUGCCACUUCAUCGCUUCCACAGUCUUUUAUCACAUAUUCCUUAUUCGUGUUACAAAUGACACGAUUUCAAUAACAUUUAUUAAUGCAUUCAUUGAUACAAUAAGUACAUCAUCAAAAUGAUAGGGAGAGAAAAAAUAAGGUAACCUUGUGCUAUUCCUUUCCCAAAUCUAGAUAACACAU